AAGAUGAAGUGGAUAGUUCUGCUGCCGUUACUAUGUCUCUUUGUACAUGCAAAAGAAAGGAAACUUGAUUGGUGGGAGGAGACCAUUUUCUAUCAGAUCUAUCCAAGGUCUUUCAUGGACAGCGAUGGCGAUGGCAUCGGCGAUCUUAAUGGAAUAACGUCGAAACUUGAAUAUCUAAAAGAAAUGGGUAUUGGGGCAACUUGGCUCUCGCCAAUGUUCAAAUCACCUAUGUACGAUUUUGGGUAUGACAUUGCUGACUUUUAUCAGAUCCAAGAAGAAUACGGUACUAUGGAAGAUUUCCAAAGAUUAUUGGCUAAAGCUAAGGAACUGGACAUCAAAAUCGUUCUUGAUUUUGUGCCAAAUCAUACAAGCAAUGAAAGCAUGUGGUUUCAAGAAGCACUAAAGGGUCAUAAGAAAUAUUAUGACUACUUUAUUUGGGAAGAUGGAGUACGUGAUGAAAACGGAAAUCUUCAACCUCCUAACAACUGGAACAGUGUCUUCCGCAAAAGCGCAUGGGAAUAUAGAGAAGAAGUAGGGAAAUUCUACCUUCACCAAUUUGUCAUUGGACAACCUGAUCUGAACUACCGAAACCCUGAUGUGGUCGAAGAAAUGAAGAAUGUUAUUCGAUAUUGGUUAGAUAAGGGCGUCGCAGGUUUUCGAGUCGAUGCUAUAGCACAUUUGUUUGAAGUUGACAAGAAUCUAUAUGGCGGGAAAUACCCUGAUGAACCACUUUCACGAUGGAAUGAUAACCCCGACGACUACGAUUAUCUCGAUCAUAUUUAUACUAAGGAUCAAGAUGAAACUUAUGACAUGGUUUACCAGUGGAGAGAAAUAUUUGAUGAGUACUCAGCUAAAGAUAAAUCUACUAAAGUAAUGAUGAUAGAGAUUUAUGCUUCACCUGAAAAAACUAUGAGAUACUUUGGAGAUGGUGAACGUGAAGGUGGACAAAUGCCGUUCAAUUUUGCACUCAUUACUGAUGUCAAUCGUGACUCGACAGCAUUUGAAAUUAAAUAUGCUCUUGAUAAGUUCCUCACGUUUAAGCCUAUUGACAAAUUAUCAAACUGGGUAGCUGGAAACCAUGAUAAUAAAAGACUUGCAUCAAGAUAUAGUCCUGAAUUAGUUGAUGGUAUGAACAUGAUCCUUCUGCUGAUGCCUGGAAUUGCUGUAACUUACAUGGGUGAAGAAAUCGGAAUGGUUGACGGAUACGUAAGCUGGGAAGACACCGUAGAUCCGAGUGGAUGUAACACUGACGACCCUAUAAAUUACUGGAUGUCAUCAAGAGAUCCCGAACGAACUCCGUUCCAAUGGAGCGCUGAGAAAAACGCUGGUUUCUCGACUGCGGACAAAACAUGGCUGCCUGUAGCUGCUGGCUAUGAAACAUUGAACGUGGAAUACCAACGCAAUAACAAAAAGUCUCACUUGAACGUAUACAAAGCUCUGGCUAAACUGCGAACUGAGAAGGUGUUCCGUUAUGGAAGAUACGACUCUGUUGCUUUCAACAGAGAUGUCUUAGGUUUUAGAAGGUGGUACAACAAAGAGAACUAUGUUAUUCUGAUCAACUUCAGAGAUGUCCCUUACACCCUAGAUACAAGUUAUUUUGAAAACAUCGUCGGUAAAGUGAAGGUCGUUCUCACAAGUAUUAAUUCUAAUAAAAAUGUUGGAGAUGUACUGAACGCUAAAGCCGUGGACAUUAACGCUUAUGAAGCUUUAGUACUUAAAGUGGUGAAGUAGAGUCGAAUAUAAAAUAGAGUUCUAAAAUAUAUUAGUAUACAAUUGCUUUUGUAAACAAGUUUUCACAUGAAGCCAUAUAAAAUAAACCGCA